AUGCUCGCCUCGGCUGUUCUUUUCUCUCUGGUUGGGCUCGUCGCUGCCGACAUGGUUCGCUUCGAAUCCACGACUUCACCUAUUGGUGAUCUCAGAGCCCUUUCUCUCCGAGCUUCUGGUGCGUGUGACGUCGGUACUGCUUGCGGUAACAGCUGUAUCACCAUCGGUGCUGCUUGCUGCUCGCAGUCAGAGGGCACCUACUGUAGGGUCGGAUAUCGCUGCGAGCCAGAGGGAUGCUGCCCCCUUGGAAAAACCUGCUCUGGUCCACCUGUUGGCUGUGAAGCAGGCCGUGUCCAGUGUGGCAAGGUCUGCGUCCCCAAAGGCUCUCAAUGCUGUUCCCAGACCACCGGCGUGUUCUGCCUUGCCGGAACUAGCUGUGUCGGCACCACCAAGUGCAACGGGCCUCAAAGACCUGGGUCUGGCUCGGGCUCUGGCUCUGGUGCCACGACCUCUGACAUCCUCGGCGGAGUUACGACGACCCAGGGCAGCGGUGCUACCAACACGUAUUCUCUCUCCCCAAGUACCAACACCGCCGACAGUGGCAGCGGCUCUGGCUCUGGCUCUGCUUCAGGAUCUGCUUCAGGGUCUGCUUCUGACUCUGGGUCCGGUUCUGCUUCAGGACCUACAUCUGGCUCUGGUGACAGUACCACGACUGCCAGCGGUGCUUCCCCGACCGACGACAAAAAGAGCCCUCCUCCUCCUCCCACGGGCGUUGGUGCUAUCAACAGGCCCGGCAUCCUGCUGGGUCUCCUAGUCGCUGUCCUUGCUCUCUUAUAA